GAUCGGGUUAUGCAGGAGGCAUGGCACCUAAGCUACCUUUCACUAGCGAUUUGUCAUUUGUUUACGAGAUGCGGUGAAUGUCUUAUAGUACAGUUUAGUGGCACGUUGUUUGAAGUUUGUUAGUGUCUUUUCUUCUUAUCUUGACGACAUGAUAUUGAAAGAGUAUAGGAUCUGCAUGCCGAUGACAGUGGAAGAGUAUCAAAUAGGUCAGUUGUUCAUGAUAAGUAAACACAGCCAUGAACAGAGUGAGCAAGGUGAAGGAGUCCAUGUUGUGAGAAACGAGCCAUGCGAGGACCCAAAGUAUGGAAAGGGACAAUUCACAGAAAAGAGGGUUUAUUUGUCCAGUUGUCUUCCUGGAUGGAUGCGGUCCUAUAUUCCAAAAAUAUUCUAUGUAGAAGAAAAGGCUUGGAAUUAUUAUCCUUUCACUAUUACAGGUCAUACCUGCUCCUUUCUUCCAGGAUUUGCAAUUAGGAUUAAAACAAAAUAUUUCAAUGAUAAUGGAAGUAUAGACAAUUGUUUUGAAUGAAGUGAGGAAACACUUGAAACUAGGGAAGUUAUUGCAAUUGAUAUAGCAUAUGAUGAAUUACCAGAAAAACAUUAUGUUCCUGAAGAGGACUGUAGGUAUUUCAAAUCAAAGAAAACUGGUAGAGGGCCUUCAAGUUAGUAUAUUCAGCAUUUUCCUUCAACAUCACAAAUCUUUUUUAUUCUUCAAAGUUUGAGGUGUAAGGAUCAACUGUAUAAUUUACAUUGAUGUUUAGCAUCUCUAGUUGUAUAAAUAUUUAUUACACGACUCGGGCAGUCAGAGGGCCAAUAACUAAAAUCAACCAA